GAGCUGAGAGCAAAGCGGGGUGCAGCUCCCCUAUAAUGACUGGCCACCACGGUUGGGGAUAUGGGCAGGAUGACGGACCUUCAGAGUGGCACAAAUCUUAUCCUAUUGCCCAAGGGAACCGCCAGUCACCUAUUGAUAUAGUUUCUGCAAGAGCAGUUUAUGACCCUAAUCUGAAACCACUUAUUAUCUCCUAUGAAUCAUGUACAUCUCUCAACAUCUCCAACAAUGGCCAUUCAGUUAUGGUUGAGUUUGAAGAUACUGAUGACAAGACAGCAAUCAGUGGUGGUCCCUUUGAGAAUCCAUUUCGACUAAAGCAGUUUCACUUUCACUGGGGGACAAAGCACAGCCAGGGAUCGGAGCAUACAAUAGAUGGCAAACCUUUUCCCUGUGAGCUCCACUUAGUUCACUGGAAUGCCAGAAAAUAUGCAACAUUUGGAGAAGCAGCAGCAGCUCCAGAUGGCUUGGCAGUAGUUGGUGUUUUCUUGGAGAUUGGGAAAGAACAUGUCAAUAUGAACAGACUCACUGAUGCUUUGUACAUGGUAAAAUUUAAAGGAACAAAAGCUCAAUUUAGAAGCUUCAACCCCAAAUGUCUCCUGCCUUUGAGUCUAGAUUAUUGGACUUACCUUGGUUCUUUGACAACACCACCCCUUAAUGAGAGUGUAACAUGGAUAGUGCUGAAAGAACCCAUCAGAAUUUCUGAGAAACAGCUGGAGAAAUUCCGCAUGCUCCUCUUCACCAGUGAGGGAGACCAGAGGAUCCAAAUGGUGAAUAAUUUUCGCCCACCUCAGCCUCUUAAGGGGAGAGUAGUUCGAGCUUCCUUCAAGGCCUGAAGAAAACUGAUAAUGGCCCUGAGAUAUCCAAGAGCUUCCACAUCUGAGAUACUACAGACAGAAACUCUGGUCUUCAGAUCGUUCAUGGAACACAGAAGAUAGCCAUUUCCACGAAUGCUUUACUUGGAGGGGGACAAUCUUUUGAUUUUAUAUUUUGUUUGAAUUGCUUAUUCUUUCGAGAAAUGGGAUCUUUUUAACUAGCACUUUUUAAUAUAAGGGAUAGUCAAGUAAACUAGAAUGUUCUCCAAGACCUGAAACUCUAAAAACUAAGAUGAAAUUAAAAUCCUGCCUAAUAUAAUAUGGGAAAUUAUGUAGUGAUCUACUAGCACUGGUGGCCACAACUUCUAAUUUUCUCAUUUAAUACAUGAUGAAACAGUAGUCAAGAAUUUUGGACAAAUUGGACUUAAAUUUUCCUUACCGGUCUCCUGUUAGUAUUUGCUGAGCUCGGUCUGAUUUAAAGAUUGCUUUCACUGUAUUCUUGCUGUCUGACAGUGCACAUGAGUAGCACUAGAAAGAAGUUCUUUACUCACCUCAACUAGGCACUACAUAUAUAUAUUUUAAAGUUACUGUUCUAAGAUGCUAUUUUAUAACUAAUUUAAAAUAACAAUGUAAAUACUGUGUUUAUAAGCAGGCCAUUUCAUUGCACAGUGUUGUUCAGACAUUUGUUCGUUUAGCCCAUGCAGCAUACGUAACUAUAAUGCCCUUGUCCAUUUUCUUGAAAAGAACAUCUAUAACAAUUCAGGUAAGUGUUUUGUGGUUCUCAAUUAUUGAAAUUCUACCUCAGUGAAGUGGUUUGCUCUGCAAUACGACCUCUUUCAUUGUCUGCCCUAAAGAAAGUAGAUAUUUUCUUUACUUUAGGGACUUAACAUGGGUAGACCUUGACUGCACUGCAUGUGCAUUGCUGCACAAAUCAUCCCCUCGCUAUGGCAGUCUCUCAGGGAUUCUCCCUGCAGAUCAUCAGUCCUGAGUCACUUUACAACUUGAAAAGAAAGUUGCUUUAGAAAAGCCAUGUGUUAGUGUUACUGCUUCUGCAGCUUAGUGGCAAAAUUCAGACUUGUGCCUCCGGUACUAAAUACAGUGAUGUUACCUGUAACUACCCGGGGAGGUGGGGCGGGGAGUGCUGGUGAACAGCAGCUACUAUGGGCUGUUCUCCUUUUUCAGAAGGGGAGAAAGACACUAAAUGUGAAGCACAGUACAAGGAAUGGAAGACUAGAAUUCUAGACCUAACUCUUCUAAGUUUUUCUGGUACACUGACUUAAAGUUUUCUGUUCCUUAGUUUCAUCUUCUAUAAAAUGAGGGUAACACUGACCUACCUCACAGGGAUGUUGUGAGGGCUAAUUCAACAUUGUUUUAAAUGUGAGAUUCUUAUAUAGCAGAUGCUAAAGGAAACAGAAAAUUAUUACUAAAUGCAGUGUUUUUAGCUAUUAUGAAUGUAACUUUGCUAGUAAUACAAACUGGUAUUGCAGAAAAUCUAUUUCAUGUAUCUUAAUUUCUUUUAACAAAUGAAAUAAAUGAGACUUUAAAAUCAA